ACACCGCCAUACCCAUCACUCUGUCGACAAGAUGUUGGAGCGGGCACUCUCCUUACGCCGCGGCAACUCUCACGGCGGCGACGACGACGAAGACGCCGCCGUCAACGGCGAUGAAUCGAAGACGAGGAAGCAGCAGAACAUAUUGUUUCUCGCCACCAAUAGGGUUUCCAAUUACAUUUCCCGAAUGGGUGGCUACUCCUACUACUGGCCUUGUGCCACCAUUGCAUUGUUCAUAUUCUUGGCAUUCUUAUUCCUCUUCACUUCUCGCCGCUUCGUCUGCAUCUCCGAUCCCGUCUCACGCGCCGGCUUCUACGGCCUCGACGGCCUCGAAUCCGAUUUCGGAGCUCUCGGCGUGCCCUGGUGCAGAUCGAAACAUGGUAAAACUGUAGAAUGGACAUCGAAAGAUCUGCUUAAGGGGUUAGAAGAGUUUGUUCCUAUAUAUGAAACCCGGCCAAUCAAAAACAACUUGUAUGGGAUGGGUUUUGACCACAGCUUUGGGCUUUGGUUUAUUACCCGGUGGGUGAAGCCAGAUCUGAUGAUCGAGAGUGGCGCUUUCAAGGGACAUUCAACUUGGGUUUUGCGGCAGGCUAUGCCAGACACGCCAAUUGUUUCUCUUUCGCCUAGGCAUCCAGAAAAGUAUCUGAAAAAGGGACCUGCCUAUGUUGAUGGUAACUGUACCUAUUAUGCUGGAAAGGACUUUGUGGAUUUUGGAAGUGUUGACUGGCCAAAAGUGAUGAAAAAACAUGGGAUUGCAGACCUUAGUCGGGUUCUUAUAUUUUUUGAUGACCAUCAGAAUGAAUUCAAAAGAAUUGAACAAGCUUUGAAAGCUGGGUUUCGGCAUCUUGUGUUUGAGGAUAACUAUGACACUGGAACUGGUGACCAUUAUUCAUUGAGGCAGAUAUGUGAUCAAUUUUAUAUAAGAGGUGGGGGACACAGUUGCUUUAAAGACAGUGAUGAAGCUAGGAUCAGAUCAAGAAGGAAGAAAUUCUGGGAGAAAACAGUUGAUAUCGAAGAACUCUGUGGGCCAGGUGAAGCAUGGUGGGGAGUUAGAGGCUACAUGCGUGAUAACUUCAAUCAUAGUAAUAAGCCAAUAUCUUAUGCACAACAUUUCCAGAAUAGCCGGUUUGUUGAAUCUAUUCUUGAUUUGUACUGGGAACUCCCUCCGGUUGCUGGACCUUCCCUCACCCAUCAAACCAGAUAUGAUCCUGCUCGUGCACCCAGCCCUAUUGUUGAAGAUGGGCGUUAUGGUUUGUUCCAAAGGCUUGGUUUGGCCAAAUUUGACAAUUCUGUAUUUAAUGGAUACACUCAGAUGGUUUAUUUACAGAUAUCUGAACAAUAAUUUAGAGUUGCUUAGACACGGGUAUGAUGUAGUAGAAGGAAGUUUUGUACCUGUAUUAUGUAUGAAUUGUUGCUUCAGCCUGAUUUGGCUUAAGAUGUAGUUUUUUUAAUGAUUCUUGCCC